CUUAGCUUUCUUUGGAUAAGCAGCAAUGGCUUUAUCAGAGGACUUAGAUAUAAAUGAAGAGGGUGUAAAGUUGACAACAUCUCAAAAGAGAAGACUACGACGUAAGAAACUUCGAGAUGCUCGUAAUGCUCAUUUAAAUGAAAGAUAUAAUAACAUAUUAGUUCCACAAACAUCUAAUUUUGUUACUACAUUGUCUGCAAUACCGCCAGAACUUCUGGUAGGAGCAUUAUCUAAUGCCAGUCUGAAUGGAAUAGGCAAUGUAAGCAGGGAUCUUGCAUACAUUUGUCAAGUAGAUAGUUUUAUUGCUAAUUUAGAAAACGAAAUGUCAUCUAAAGAUAUGAAUACCAAAUCUAGAGAAGAAGUAAUAGCUGCCAGAGAAGCAAAGAAAUUGAGUAAACAAAAGGCAAAGAAAAAAGAUGAAAAUCAACAGCAUAUUAAAGUCACUGACACUGAACCAACAAAUGAAAAAGAUAAAGAAGUUCUUAAUGUAAAUAAUACAGCGAAGGAAGGGACUACAGAGUUAUCUAAAACCAUUAAGUUAGAAACAAAAUCUGUAAACAAAGAUCAAAAAGUAAAAGAAAGUUCAGAAAAGGCAAUAGCAAAAGGUUUACCAAAAGGUAAAGAUGAAGUUGACAGAGCUGUAAAAGAAGAAAAAAGCAUCAGUUUAGAAAAAACUGAACUCCAAACAAAAGAUAAAGUUAAUAUUACAAAAUGUGAGCCAAAUGUUAAUGAAAAUAAAUCUGAAAACGCAUCUAGUGUACAGUCUAAAGAACAAAUAAAAGCUGAAAGGGCUGCAAAAAAGGCUGCUAAACAAGCUAAAAAGAAAGGAGGAGAUAAUGUUGAAAAGGAUAUUAAUAAAAAUUCAAUAAUCUCUACUCCAGUAUCAAUAGGUAAUGAAAAAUCUAAUCUUGAAGAACUAAACACUGUUAAAGAUAAAAACGUUGAUGAUUUAACAGUAAGAGAAGUUGUAGACACAUUGAAAGACAUUGUGAAUGUUGCUAAAGAAUUUCAAGCUGUUACAGAUAAAGUUAAAGCUAUGGACUUAGGUGGAAAUAAGCCUGAAGAAACUACUAAGAGCAAAGCAGAGUUAAGAGCGGAAAGAAGGGCAAAACAGGAGGCGCAGAGAGCUGCCAAGCAAGCACAACAGAAGCCAGCAGAAAAGCCGGCUAACACAGAGGAAAAGGAGGUUAAAAAACAGAAAGUUCCUGCUAAACCGAAGGCAACUGAAAAACCUAAAGCAAAACCACAAAUGAUGCACAGAGCCAACUGGUUCCAACAUUUGUACACUGAACAUGAUAAAGAGGCUUUGAAGAAAAUUGCACUCAAUUCCAAUCUUCACCCGGCAGUGAUCAAGUUGGGCGUUCAAUUGGCGUCUCAAGUUGUGACGGGAUCCAAUGCGAGAUGUAUAGCGCUGUUAGAUGCACUAAAAAAGAUGGUGAGAGACUACACACUGCCCGCUAAGACGGAAUUCGCACGUGGUCUGGAGUCACACUUAGCGGCAAGUCUGGAGUUCUUGUGGGCCAUGCGUCAGCCAUCUGCCUCACAGACCAACGCUGUCAAACAUUUCCGACGUCAGUUAAUGCAACUGCCCAAUAACUUGGAUGAAUUUCAAGCUAAGAAGAGUCUAGAGGAAGAUAUUGACAGAUACAUAAGAGAACAGAUAGAUAUGGCGGGCGAGGCUAUCAGCAUCGCUGUACGCAACAAGAUAUCUAACGGAGAUAAUAUUAUGACAUAUGGAUGUUCAUCGCUGAUCGAGCGUAUUUUGUGUGAGGCGUGGGCUAGUGGUGUGCGGUUCCGCGCUGUCGUAGUUGGUGACCGAGUGCGGCGCGGCGCUCGCGAGAUGCUGCGCCGCCUCGCAUCUUGCGGCCUACCCUGCACCUACGCAGACAUCUCCGCUGUCAGCUUCCUCAUGCGGAAUAUAAGCAAGGUGGUGAUGGGUGCGGGCGCGCUGUUGGCGAGCGGGUCUGUGCUGGGUCCGCUCGGCAGCGCGCAGGUGGCGCUGGCGGCGCGCGGCCGCAAUGUGCCAGUGCUCGUCGCCUGCGAGACUCACAAGUUCUCUGAACGUGUACAGACCGACGCCUUCGUAUACAAUGAGAUCGGUGAUCCUGAUGACUUGAUCGACAAGACGGAUGAGAAUUCACCGCUCAAGGACUGGAGAUCGAAUCCCAAUCUGACACUGUUGAAUCUGACAUAUGACGUCACACCGCCGAGCCUCGUCACCGCUGUUGUGACAGAGCUGGCAAUACUGCCUUGUACUAGUGCUCCUGUUGUGUUGAGAAUCAAACCUUCCGAAUAUAGCCCGCUUGGUUAAAAAAAAUUACAAAAACUAACAAUCUCCAUAAGCAAGAAAUUUGGGUUAGA